AUGAUGGCCGUGGAUAUAGAGUACAGAUACAACAGCAUGGCCCCUUCUCUGCGUCGCGAGCGCUUUGCAUUCAAGGUAUCCCCGAAGCUGAGCAAGCCCCUGAGGCCCUGCAUUCAGCUAGCCAGCAGGACGGAAGCCGGUGGAAUGGUGACCCCAACAGUCCCUGAGAAAAAGGUGAAAAAGCGGGUUUCCUUCGCAGACAACCAAGGGCUGGCCCUGACAAUGGUCAAAGUGUUCUCAGAAUUCGAUGACCCAUUAGAUAUUCCAUUCAACAUCACCGAGCUACUAGACAACCUGGUGAGUCUGACGACAGCAGAGAGCGAGAGCUUUGUUCUGGAUUUUUCACAGCCCUCUGCAGAUUACUUAGACUUUAGAAACCGUCUUCAGACCAAUCAUGUCUGCCUGGAAAACUGCGUGUUGAAAGACAAAGCCCUCGCAGGGACUGUGAAGGUUCAGAACCUGGCCUUCGAGAAGAUUGUGAAAAUCAGAAUGACAUUUGACACUUGGAAAAGCUUCACAGACUUUCCUUGUCAGUAUGUGAAAGACACUUAUGCCGGGUCCGACAGGGACACGUUCUCCUUUGACAUCAGCCUCCCCGAGAAAAUUCAGUCCUAUGAGAGAAUAGAGUUUGCUGUGUGUUAUGAGUGUAAUGGCCAGGCAUAUUGGGACAGCAACAGAGGCAAAAACUACAGGAUCAUCCGAGCAGAGCUAAAAGCCACUCAGGGAAUGAUGGAACCACAAAAUGGACCGGAUUUUGGAAUAGCCUUUGACCAGUUUGGAAGCCCAAGGUGUUCCUAUGGUCUAUUUCCCGAGUGGCCUAGUUACUUAGGAUAUGAAAAGCUAGGGCCCUACUAUUAG